AUGGGUUCCGUCCUUCAGAAGAAGAAGCGCCGCUCCGGCCGCCAGAAGGUCAAGAUGCCCAACCGUCCCAAGAAGCUCCUGAACCCGCUCGGCAACGACAUCAUCGCGAAGAACUGGAACAAGAAGGAGACCCUGACGCAAAACUACCGCCGCCUCGGCCUCACGGCGCGGCUCAAGGCCCCGACGGGCGGCGUUGAGAAGAGGCUCUCCCAGCUCGAGUCGUCGUCGUCGUCAGCCAAGCCCCGCGACCCGCUCGCCAUCGCCUCAGCCGAGGAGGCCGUCUUCGAGGAGGCCCGCGUCGAGCGCGACGCCGACGGCAAGAUCGUCAAGAUCCACUACGGCAGCGACAGGCGCAGCAACCCGCUCAAUGACCCGCUCAACGCCCUCGAAAGCGACGCCGAGGACGGCGGGGAGGAGGAGGAGGAGGAGGGUUGGGGCGGCAUCGACGACGAGAGCCGGCCCGAGGUCAUCCGCCUGCUCGAGAAGGAGGCCGCGCGGCCCACGGUGAAGAAGCCGCGGCACAUGAGCCAGCAGGAGCGCGAGUGGCUCGAGAGGCUCGUGGCGAGGCACGGCGAUGACGUCGCCGCCAUGGCCCGCGACCGGAAGCUGAACCCCAUGCAGCAGACCGAGGGCGACAUCGCCCGCAGGAUCAAGAGGCUCACAGGGAAGGCGUAA